CAGCGCCGUCGUGCCGCACUCGCUCGUCCGCCGGCUGCCGAAGCGCCCGCUCUCUCCCGCUCCCGCUCGCUCGCCCGCUCUCAGGCCGCUGUCAGGAAAGUGACUCCAUCUCACCGGCCGGUGCCGCCAAUUUUCCGGGAAAUUGCUGCGUGCUCGCCCGCUUGCUCAGUCAGUGUGCUGCCGCGGCUCAAAACUGGACGACAUUCCUGGCACGGGCGCCAGCUCAGUCUGCUGGUCCAAGUUGUACCACCAACAGACCACCCGAGGCGCCCCUCCGACUGGACUCAUGUUCGGCCUGCAGGACGCGGCCGUUGCGGCCGCCGGCCUCCACCACCACCACCACCACAUCCACCACCAGCCCCGUGGCCCCAGCAUGGCCACCGGACUCAAGGAGGAGCCGCUCGGCCCCACCGGUCAGCUGGUCCCCGGCAGGUGGAUGGCGCCGCCGGUCGUCGACCAAACCAGCGUCGGCAUUGGACGGGCCCACUUCGAGAAGCAGCCGCCCAGCAAUCUGAGAAAGUCCAACUUCUUCCACUUUGUUAUCGCCCUCUACGACAGGGCCGGCCAGCCGAUCGAGAUUGAAAGGACAGCUUUCAUUGGUUUCAUCGAAAAGGACCACGAGGUUGACGGUCAGAAGACGAACAAUGGCAUCCAGUACAGACUGCAGCUCCUCUACGCCAAUGGUGUGAGACAAGAGCAAGAUAUUUUUGUACGAUUGAUAGACUCGGUCACAAAACAGGCCAUCAUUUACGAGGGACAGGACAAGAAUCCAGAGAUGUGCAGAGUGCUGUUGACGCACGAGGUCAUGUGCAGCCGUUGUUGCGACAAGAAAAGCUGCGGCAACCGCAACGAGACGCCCUCCGACCCAGUCAUCAUUGACAGGUUUUUCCUCAAGUUCUUCUUGAAGUGCAACCAGAACUGUCUCAAAAACGCCGGCAACCCACGUGAUAUGAGGAGAUUCCAGGUCGUUAUCGGCACGCAAGUGAGCGUCGACGGUCCCUUGUUGGCGGUAUCAGACAACAUGUUUGUGCACAACAACUCGAAACACGGGCGCAGAGCCAAGAGGCUCGACCCUGCCGAAGGCCUGUAUCCUCCCCUGCCCGUAGCGACACCCUGCAUCAAGGCGAUAUCGCCAAGUGAAGGGUGGACUUCAGGUGGAUCCGUAGUCAUCAUUGUUGGGGACAACUUUUUUGACGGUCUCCAAGUCGUCUUUGGCACCAUGUUAGUUUGGAGUGAGCUGAUCACAUCGCACGCAAUCAGGGUGCAAACGCCGCCAAGGCACAUACCUGGAGUCGUAGAAGUCACACUCUCCUACAAAUCGAAACAGUUUUGCAAAGGAGCACCGGGCAGAUUUGUUUAUGUCUCCUUGAACGAGCCAACCAUAGACUAUGGUUUCCAGAGACUGCAAAAACUUAUUCCUAGACACCCUGGUGACCCGGAAAAGCUUCCAAAGGAGAUAAUCCUAAAGAGGGCGGCGGAUUUGGCCGAGGCCUUAUACAGUAUGCCCAGAAAUAACCAGCUCGGCCUUCCUGCACCUCGGUCGCCAGGGAUGACCAACAACCACAGCAUGUCCGGGUUCAACUCGUAUACAGGGCAGUUAGCAGUUAGCGUGCAGGAUAAUACCAACGAGGAGUAUGGUAGAGCGCAGAGCAGCAGUGUGUCGCCCCGCGGAGGCUACGGCUCGAGCGCCUCGACGCCGCACUCGUCCAGCGGCGCCGCCUCCUACGGGGGCAACAACGGAGCACCCCCCGGCCCUGCCCCCGGCGCAGCCCCCGCGGGCACUGCCCCCAUGGUCGGCGGCUACAGUGGUGCUGCAGCUGCGGUUUCGGCCGCCCAACUCGGCUCUCCGGCCGCGGCCGGCAUCUUCAACACCUCGCCACCUUUUUCAGUGCGGCCGUCUGCUCAGUGCUUUCCUAGCCGUGACAAACUGGGCUCUGUAGAGCCGGAAACCGGUUCUUGGUGGCCGCCUCUUCUGGCCCGAUAAUUGCAUCUCACUGUUGAACCCCUCGAAGCGUUGGUUUCGAUGGCGUCUUCCAGACGGAAGCGAAUUUCUGGAAGGGGCCAUUGAAUGUUGGCCAAGACUCCCUGUGUUUUGAUCUCUGCUGUACCCCUGCCCGUGUGUGAAAAGGACAAAUCAUCAAUUAAGACUUGUUGGCUAUUUGAACAAGUGUCCAUCAAGAGUUGUGGUCGUUCUGCCCCUCUACUGUGUAUACCAUAAAAGACAUUAUAUUUUUAAAGCGGCGCGUUCAAACUACUUUGUAAAAUGGAAAAGUUAUCAAUGAAAACAUAUCAAAAAAAUUAAGAAAAUUACCAGCAAUUUUGAUUCUGCAGUGUGGCCUAAAGAAUAAUAUCAACUCUUAUUUCUUCCAAGAAGUUUGUGAUUUUUUCGUUAUCUAAAAGCUUUUCUAAAUGACAAGGACCACUAUUCAUAUUUAAUCAACAUAUCUGAAAUAGUGCUGGGAGGAAGACAACAAAAACCACUCGAUGAUGGAAUUUGUAACAAAAAUUGUUGUAGAAAGCGAAUCCGCGCAUUAUUAAAGAUUGUACAGGAACUGUAAAUAAUUAGAUAGUUAAAAAUUUGUAUAUGAAAGGCACGCACACACAUCAUUAAAAAUUUCAUGUUUAUGAUGGAAUGCUUGUCAAAUAACAUUGUGUUAAUAAUGUGCAAUCUUAAACCUGCUGCUUUGCCUCGAGAAAUCAAGCCCCCGAAUUUUAUAGUCUAGGAUUUGGUGAUUUUACAAACAAAAAAGUCAAAUCUAAGCAAAAAGUCCUCGUCAAUUUAAACAGAAGUAUACGACACGAACAGAAGAAAAUUUUUUAUACCAAAAUUGCAAAACUAAACCCCUCUUGAAUAUACAAUUUCAAUUUGCGCGCAGGUAAAACAUAGAAAAAGUGUCUCCACAUGUAGAUACAAUUCCACGAAGCGAGUAUAUAAUUAUAUAUGAUUUCCAAACUUAUUCUCACGAGUGAUGGUACAAAAGGAUACGAAGUAAUUCAAUAAUUAACGAUCAUUCUUAAUUAGACUUACGCAGGGUGGUCGUGUCUGUUGUUAUAAUAUGAUGCUGACAAACGUGUUUUGAUUGUUUUCUUUGAUACAUUUAAUAAAAUAAAAAGAUUUAAUUAGUUAGAGUGGUGAAUCGCGAGAGCUCCGCUCUCUUCUUCGAAAUAUCAUGUACAAGCGAAGCGGAUUAAACAAAGCAACCCUUUACCGAGUACAUAAGACAAAUUUAGAUGUCUCAAACAGUAAAAAAUAUAUAUUUAGAGAGCAACAGCAGUUCUGAGAAAUUUGAAGGCAAACCAGGCAGAAGCUACACUCUGUAUUACUCAUAAUGUCAUUAUGAAUGUAAUAUUAAAAAGAAUUUUGCUAAGAG